AGAGAUGUCAUUACACUAAGAACAGAGUGUGUGCUGUGCAGAGCGCUGGAGUGUCUCUGAGCUGAAAAGAGGAUAGUUUUUGGUUGGAUUCCAGCAGUGAUCAGUAUGGGAGCACGAAUCAGACGUUACUCUGACGUCAUGGCAUUGCCGGACUCCUUUAUCCAGAAGCAGCAGCUGGACGCCUCUAUGGCCGACACUUUCCUGGAACACCUGUGUCUGCUGGACAUCGACCAGGAGCCUAUUACAGCACGCAACACCAGCAUCAUCUGCACCAUCGGUCCUGCAUCCCGCUCUGUUCCAAAGCUGCAGGAAAUGGUGAAAGCUGGAAUGAACAUUGCUCGUCUCAAUUUUUCCCAUGGCAGUCACCAGUACCAUGGUGAGACCAUCCGUAACAUUCGGGAAGCUGUGGAGACGUUGACCUCUGACCCACUCUGCUAUCGACCUGUUGCCAUCGCCUUGGAUACUAAAGGGCCAGAAAUCCGCACUGGGCUUGUGCAAGGGAAUGCAGAUGCUGAGGUGAAUCUGGAGCGUGGGGCGCAGGUGAAGGUGGUAACAGCGGAAGCAGAGCGAGAUUCGACGGACGGUACUCGGGUGUGGAUGGAUUACCCCAGUCUGCCAAGCGUGGUGCAGCCAGGCGCCAGGAUCUACAUUGAUGACGGACUUAUCGCUCUUAAAGUGGAAGAGAUAGGUGACGGGUGGGUGAACACGCGUGUGGAGAAUGGGGGAACCCUGUGUAGCCGUAAAGGUGUGAACCUGCCGGGGGCCGAGUUAGUGAACCUGCCUGCAGUGAGUGAGCGGGACCGUGCUGACCUGCAGUUCGGAGUGGAGCAGGGAGUGGACAUGGUCUUCGCCUCCUUCAUUCGCUGUGCUGAGGACGUCCAGGCUGUGCGCCAUGCACUAGGACCGAAAGGCAAAGACAUCAAAAUCAUCAGCAAGGUGGAGAGCAGACAAGGAGUGCAGAAUUUUGAUGAGAUCCUGAAGGAGAGUGAUGGAGUGAUGGUUGCCCGUGGUGAUCUGGGAAUUGAGAUUCCGGCGGAGAAAGUUUUCAUUGCACAGAAGAUGAUGAUUGGACGAUGCAACUCGGCAGGAAAACCAGUCAUCUGCGCUACACAGAUGUUGGAGAGUAUGGUGUCUCAUGCUCGGCCGACCCGCGCUGAGAGCAGUGAUGUGGCGAAUGCUGUGCUGGACGGAGCUGACUGUGUUAUGCUGUCAGGAGAAACAGCUAAAGGUCGCUACCCUGUAGAGGCCGUGGCCAUGAUGCACUCAAUUUCUAGGGAAGCAGAAGCAGCUAUCUUCCAUCAGCAGCUGUUUGAGGAGUUGAGGCGUUUGACCCCUCUGAGUCGGGACCCCACAGAGGUCACAGCGAUCGGAGCUGUAGAGUCGUCCUUUAAAUGCUGUGCUGGAGCCAUCAUCGUCCUCACCACCACCGGCAGGUCUGCUCAGCUGCUAUCUCGUUACCGUCCACGCUGUCCCAUCAUCGCUGUGACCAGAAAUGCUCAGGUGGCCCGUCAGUCUCAGCUGCUGCGAGGGGUUUUCCCCGCCCUCUUCCACACCCCACUCAAAGAGGUCUGGGCAGAUGAUGUGGACGACCGCGUCACCUUCGGCAUGGAUAUAGGUAAAGCUCGAGGAUUCUUUAAGUCUGGUGAUAUGGUAAUCGUGGUGACUGGCUGGAGUCCUGGAUCUGGACACACUAACAUCAUGAGAGCAGUGGCAGCACCCUGAACCCUCACCUGAACCCUCACCUGUGAUUGGAUACAGCUUUUGAAUUCUCUGUUCAACCACCACUGAAAUACAUUACAUGUUUUUUACACAAUAAAAGUCAUUUUGCUGAAGAA